AUGAUUUCAAGGUGGAAAAUAUCGAUUUUAUUUCUUUCAAUUUAUAUUAUCAAUGGUAAUACACAAGAAUCGACUUUUCGAGAUAUUCCAAAUGUGUCUUUUACAAACACGUCAAGUUUAUUAUCAUUAUCAACGACUAUAUCAGCGAAAACAAAUCAAUAUCUUCGUGAUCAAUUAGUUCGUUUAACCGAACAGUUUUCUUCUAUAACAUUACGCAGUACUGAUCAUGCUCUCCGACAGAUUUAUACUCAAUCACUAAAUACUUUUAUUAUUGAAAAACGAAACCUAACUGAACUUGUUACUGAAAUGGCUAAUUAUACAAAUCGUGCCAUUAUGAAAAAACUCGAAGCAAUCAGAAAUCUUGUCAGUAUUAGCGAACAAUCCUAUCGGAAGUUUGCUGAAACAGAUACUAGUAUUCGAAAUAUCACUGCUGCAUAUAUGCUACAACAUGGAUAUUUGAAUUCGAAAGAUGUGAUCAAUGUUAUUCUCAAUGCCACGUAUGAAAAUGCUUCUCUGGCACGGUCAACAACAAGUGCAACACCAGAAGCUACAAUGAACGAUGAUGAUGAGAAGAAAACGGUAACAAGUGGCUUAUCCACACGUGCACCACAAUCUACGAGUACAAACAAAAAUGAACCUUCGACACAUGAAGUAGCACAUGAAGAGUCUACUGGAGAAAAAAACGAAGAAGAUGUUUUAUUGAAAAAGCUAGUUAUUCAACAAAAGAAACAUUUCGGUGGAGCAUUUGUUAAUGUUACUCAUAGUACUGUUCACGUACCAACAAUUAUUUAUUCUUUAAAUCAAGAGAUUCUUCUAACGGCUAACUGGUCAUAUAAUCUUAAUCAAGCGUUUAUUGACAAUUAUAAUCAAGAUCCUGAAUUGACCUGGCAAUACUUUUGUAGUCAAACAGGUUUGUAUCGUGUAUGGCCUGGCCAUAAAUGGGAAUAUCCCGAAGGUGACACCGAAGAACUUGAUCUGUUCGAUUGUCGUGUACAAAAUUGGUACAUUCGAGCAACAUCAUCGCCCCGUGAUGUCAUCAUACUGAUUGAUGCAAGCGGAUCGAUGACUGGAUUGAAACGUUCGAUUGCUAUUCAAACAGUCGAAACAAUACUUGAUACAUUAUCCGAUGACGAUUUUGUGCAAAUUAUCAAGUUUCAAGAAAAUGCAGACUUUAUUGACGAUUGUUUUACGGAUGGACUGGUUCAAGCAACAGUCGAAAAUCGACAUAAAUUUCGAACAUCUGUGAAUUCAAGUUUCAACACUGAAAACAUAGCGAAUUUCUCUAAAGCACUUAGUAAGGCAUUUGAUUUAUUAGAUAAUGCACGAGUGAACAUCUCUCGUACUGAAAAUGCCAAACUGCUAUGUCAAUGUCAUUACUUAUCAUCGGAUAAUCAAACGGAUGCUGAACGCGAAGCUUUUUGUCCAUCAGAUUUGAAUGCAACAAAAUAUGAGCCAGAUGAACCAAUCUUUUUGGAUAGUACAGGUUGCAAUAAAAUGAUUAUGAUUGUUACUGACGGUGCGACUGAAACAGCAUUAAAUGUUUUUCAAAAUCGUAAUUGGUCGCCUAAUAACGUUUCGACAUGCCACCCUUAUGAAACGAGAGUGUUCACGUAUAUGAUUGGAAGAGAAUUGGGUGAUCCGAAACAUAUUCGAUGGAUGUCCUGUGCUAAUAAAGGUUAUUUUGCUCAUGUCUCAACGUUAGAAGAUAUUCAAGAAAACGUCGAAGAUUAUAUUCCCGUCACUGCACGUCCCAUCGCCAUGUUUAAUGAUCACGUGACUGUCUGGAGUAGUGUAUUUCUCGACGUCGAAAGAACAAUGCCAAUUAAAGCGUAUAAAUGGUUUGCUUAUAAAAUACCUGACUUGUCCGUAUCGAUGGAACAAUUCAAAAAUAAAUCAAAGCCUGUCAAUCUGAUGAUUUCAAUUGCUCAACCCGUUCUUAGCCCGCCACAAAAUGAAAAAGAUGCAACUAUACUAUUGGGUGCAGUUGGUGUUGAUAUUCCUGUUAAACUCUUACAAGAGUUUUCCCCGAAAUAUCGGCUCGGUGUUCAUGCUUAUGCAUUUAUGAUUAAUCAUAAUGGUUAUUUAAUGUUUCAUCCCGAUCUACGACCUGUGUUGGGCCCCUAUCGAAAACAAAAUUAUCAUUCGAUUGACUUAGACAUGGUAGAAAUUCCUGCAAAUCUCAUGCGUUUUGUACAUCCACUACCAUAUAGCAAAAUUCAAGGGAUUCGAAAAGAGAUGAUUCAAUGUGUUGAAAAUCACACAACAGCUCGUGUGAAAAAACAUCUGGAUGAUAUGAGGCGAGCUGAAGAAGUCGAACAAAAGUAUUACUAUGCAACACUAGGCGAUAAAGAAUCGAAUCCAUUCAAUUUGGGUAUUGUUGUACGUUCUCCAUAUGGUGAAUACGAUAUUCGAACAACUGAUCCUGCAACUGAAAAAGUUCAAAUCGCACUUCGUUUUAUUCGACAACGGAAUGUUCGUAUUGCCGAUUGGAUUUAUUGUAAUUCUACAGCUGAAGAUGAUAUCGGCGAUACUGAAGAAUCAUUUCGUGGUUACCUUCAAGAAAAAAUUGAAAAGAACAAAAUUCGUUCAUGCCCAUACAAAGCUAGCAAAGAACUGAUCUACAUGAUGGUAGAAGAAUUGUACAUUAUGAGCAAAUUUGAAAAUUGGACAAAGACCGGUAUAACAGGCUUUGAGAAUCCUCAACCGCUGGAUAAAGCUGCUCAUGAUCAAUUCAAAGAAUAUCAACACGAAAACCAUCUACAUUGGAUAUUCUUAGCAACACGGUCAGGUAUAACUGCAUAUUGGAAACUGUACGAUCUAGCCAAUGAAGAUCAUAUUCGACAAUUCAGCGACGCGAAUCCUAAUUCGAUCGAAGCAAGUUAUUACGAAAGAACAAUCAAUGCAACUUAUGUCUAUGGUUCGGACCAUAUUGAUGGUGAACACCAUGUUUACUCUCUCUUUUAUGGUGUAUCAAGUGUUCCGUCAAUGAAUGCACAAAUGAUGCAUGAGACUCAUAUCGAUGUAACAGAAACAACUACCGGUUCGACGACGUCAACAAUAGGAAAUACACUUAUAACCCAAAUGUACUUAGUUAUCACCACAGGACUUUGGAUGAAUAAGACAUCGAGCAAAGUCAAGCUGAAAACGACAGGAAGUGCACAGAACGUUCCGUUUGGUGUUUUUGGAGUUAUGUUACCGUAUAAAACCGUCAGAUCGACACACUUUUCUAAUCUUUGCGCAAAGAUGGAUUCGGGUAUUUGUUAUAUCAUCGAUGAAAAUGGCUACAUUAUGUUUAUCAGUCAACCGGAAGGAACAGAUAGAACAGAAGAUAUUGGGAAAUUUCUUGGCGAAUUUGAAGGUGCACUCAUGCAAGAUUUAGUCGCAAAAAAGAUUUUCUCUGAAAUCAAAAUGGUUGACUUUCAAGGUGUUUGUUUAAAACGUCCAAUACGAUAUGAGAGAAGUUCAUCAGGUGGUAUAUUCCGUGGUGUUCUUCAAACCAUCUCCGUCAUGUUAUGGAAUCUAAUCAAUCAUAUAGCGAUGGUUCUCGUUCGCGAUAUAAUCUAUUGGCCACAAUGGACUUACGCAGCGAAAAAAGUAAACGCUGCCAAUCAAAAUUCCACAGGACCUAAACGUCCUCCUGCAACUCAUACACUUGAAAGUCUUAGUAAUAUACUUCUUACACACAUUGACUUUCGUCGUCCAGUACUAGAUGCCAAACAAGCGAACAUGAGCAUAGAUAAUGAUACCUUAGAAAGAACACCUGUUUCUUGUAUUGAAGAAUUUAACUUGUAUGUCUCCACGUGGAAAGGUUGGCAAGGACCAUUACCAGCAAAGGAUAACAAUGCAGCUUGGGAACAAGUAGAACGAGAGAAUUCGUUUCAAAAUGUUAUUAGUUGUACACACGCAGCGAAAGAAACACCAGACAUUUUCGAUGAUUUUUAUGGAAAUUAUUCUAAUGGAACAAAUUUUUCAACCACAAUUCCAACGCCACCACCACCGCCCAUCGCGGAAUCUUUUAGUUAUGUUAUCUCAAAGAUUCCGAAAAGUAAUCUAAUGAUGAUUUACGUUAAUCAUUCAAGAGAGAUUUCACAACUCUGUGAAAAAUUAAUUAUUAAACGUAAACCUGUGAAAUUUACGCCAGACGAUGUGUGCACACGAUUGAAAACAACGCCAUAUCGUGAACGACCUCAUAAAUGCUUUUUUGUUCAUGAUGACGAAAGAGAUUUAUUCGAAAAGUGUUCGAAUGCUAUUCGACUAGUCAACUCAGCGUGGUUCAGCUACAUCUUAUCCAUUGUCAUUCUUUUCUUUUAUUAUCUAAGAACUUAUUAG